AACAAACAAAAAUACUACUACUACUAUUACUACAAUUCACAAAGGGAAAAAAAAUAGUUCAAAUUACUGAAAAAGAAACAGGAAAAAUGUUUAGUUUUUCGGAUAACGUUAACGAUAUGUUUGCGAGGAGAUGUGUUUGGGUAAAUGGCCCUGUUAUUGUUGGUGCUGGUCCAUCAGGAUUAGCUGUAGGAGCUUGUUUGAAAGAACAAGGUGUCCCCUGUGUUAUAUUGGAAAGGUCUGAUUGUAUUGCUUCUUUAUGGCAAAAAAGAACCUAUGAUCGAUUGAAACUUCAUCUCCCUAAGCAAUUUUGUCAAUUACCCAAAUUCCCAUUUCCACAACAUUACCCUGAGUACCCUUCUAAGAGACAAUUCAUCGAAUAUCUUGAAUCCUAUGCCAGACACUUCGGAAUAAUUCCACAGUUUAAUGAAUGUGUGCAAUCUGCAAAGUACGAUGAGGUUUGUCGAUUGUGGAGGGUGAAGACUGUUUCAGCUUAUGGCUCUGAAGUUGAGUACAUUUGCCAGUGGCUUGUAGUUGCUACUGGGGAGAAUGCCGAGAGAGUUGUGCCUGAAAUUGAUGGACUCAAGGACUUUGGUGGUGAAGUCAUUCAUGCUUGUGAUUAUAAGUCUGGUGACAAAUUCAGGGGAAAGAAAGUUGUUGUUGUUGGAUGUGGAAAUUCUGGCAUGGAAGUGUCACUUGAUCUUUGUAACCAUGAUGCUCAACCAUCAAUGGUCUGUCGUAGCGCGGUUCAUGUUUUGCCAAGAGAGAUAUUUGGGAAAUCAACUUUUGAGUUGGCUAUGUUGUUGAUGUCAUGGCUACCACUUUGGUUAGUUGACAAGAUUUUACUCAUUUUGACAUGGUUUAUUCUUGGAGACAUUGAGAAAUAUGGACUAAAAAGGCCAUCAAUUGGACCAUUACAACUCAAGAACAGUCAAGGGAAAACCCCUGUUCUUGACAUUGGUGCUUUGGAGAAAAUCAGAGCAGGGAAAGUUAAGGUUGUUCCUGGAAUCAAGAAGUUUUCACGUGGCACCGUUGAACUCGUCACUGGUGAAAAACUUGAAGCUGAUUCAGUUGUUCUUGCCACUGGCUACUGCAGCAAUGUUCCAUACUGGCUACAGGAAAGUGAAUUUUUCUCCAAGAAUGGUUACCCAAAAGCACAAUUCCCUAACAACUGGAAGGGAAAAUCUGGUCUAUAUGCAGUUGGAUUCACAAAAAGAGGGCUGGCUGGUGCUUCUGCUGAUGCUAUUAGAAUUGCUAAAGAUAUUGGCAAAGUACACAAAGAAGAUCUCAAGCAGAAGAAGCAAAAAGUUCCAACACACAGACGUUGCAUCUCAACUUUUUAAUUAAAUUCAACCUAUGUUGCUCGGAUUCUUCAAAAAUGUCCACGGAUGAAUAAUGUAUUUUCGAAGAAUCUGAGAUGGACGCACCAUGAAAAGUGAAGAGUUUUCGACUGAACAAAUCAUAAAAGAAAGAAGACAAAAUUCCCUUUCUUUUUUUUUUAACUCAGGGGGAAUAUUAUUAAAGAAAGAGAUGUAAAUUAAUUGUGUAAAAAUACAUAUAACAAAAAAAGGCAGAAGAUGAUAACCAUAGGUUUCAGCCCUCUCCAAAAAAGGCCCAAGUUUUGCUACAGUUUGGGCGUUUUGUAUUCAAGGAUGUAGAGGCGAUUUAGUUUCCUCUUUUCUUUUAUUUUGUAUUGACAUUUUAUACACACAUGUACAAUCACUACUGAUGAAUUCAUUUCAAUGACAUAUUCCUUUAUGAGUUU